AAGGAUGGAAAGUUGCCCCAAUAACGAUGAAGAGCCGUUCAUGGACUUUUCUAGCAUUCGAAAUGAUGAAGAAAAAUCGAGGCCUGACUGACGUGGCGACGAAAACAGCUUUGGAAAGGGUACUAGAGCCCGCUGGAAAGGGGCUAGUUAGAUUUACGUUCGACCAAAGAGCGAAAAUGAUAACUAUACCGCCUCUUCCACCAACCUAUCUCAAACAAAUUUACACGUCAAUGACAACACCCACUCUCUCAAUUUUAGCCGAAGAUUCGAUUCAAAAUGGCGCCUUCAAAACGGCCGACUUCGUUUUCGUAGAAGAUUUAAGUAGAAAUUACAAAGUAAAGCGAGUUGAGGGGAAUCAUGAUGUUCAUGUUAAUUAUCCUGAAAGAGUGGCGCCCUUUAUUAUUGAAUUUUUAAUGAAAAAUCGAUUUGUAGGUUAGUUUUAGGAAAUGUCAUUAUUUGGCGCGAAUGUCAUAAUUUGGCGCGAAAAUCAACUGUGAUAGAACGUUUAUACAAUCCGUACUGCCUUUUUUAAUAUUGGUUUUCCGGCAUCGGAAUAAAUCCGUUAAGUUGGCGUUGGUUGAAUCAUCAGUUGUAUCUAUCGAUACAACUGAUGAUCGAGACCCUCCUUUUUUAAAAGUGUUUUGGCAUUACAUCAUUUUGAAAAUCACCGGUCAAAUGUCAAAAUCCAUUGGCCUCUGGCGGAUGUUUGUAUAGUUUAUUUAUUUUUAUUUUUAUUUUACGCAGAUAACCGAAAUGUUCUCGAAUACAU